AUGGCCUUCACGAUGUCAGGUGCUAGGAACCAACUUAGCGGUGUAGAUCACCCAGCUCCACAGCCUCCACUGGGGAACCCAAAGACUAUAAGGCGCAUUCAAGGGUCCAACUCGCUGUCAGUCACAGUGUCUAGGUCCAAAGAUGUGGCGAUCUCGCAGGCGAGAUCCAAACUUCCACCCAUCCAGAUGAAUCACCAAUAUCCUGUUCUCGAAUCUGGAGCUCUGCCGCCGAAGUUAGGCAAGCAACAGACCCCAGAAAUUCGAGCAAGCCAAAGAAAGAAACCCAGGGAGGUACGUCAUCUAUCAUGGAACAUAUUUGCUUGGAGUUGUUUAAGAGGCAAGGCGACGUCGAGAAGCACCUCGAAGGGCUUGGUCAUUUCUGAGCCUUCAAAUCCGGUUCACUUGACCCCUAAUCACGGGAACGGUUCGCCAAAAGCGCUUGAACGACUGCCCCAUCUCUCCCAAGAGACUGAUCGACAAAGCACGUUUUUGAAAAAUCGCGAUGGAGAGGACCCCGCAAUUCGGGAUGCACCACUUCAACCCAGGAGCCAUCCUCCCGGUUUAGAGGUCAUCCUGACACCUGAUUCAGAGCUCACUGAACCACACUUUAACUCCAACCAGCCCCCUACUCCUCCGCCACUGGCUCCCGAUAUCAGAAACUCGAGAUCAAGAAAUCUCACAGUAAGUGAUAGCUGGCAUAACGCAUACAUUAUCGAACACAAAAAGGUCUGCAGGCUUGAAAGAAGGCUAACCGACCUUCAACGGGAAGGGGAAAGAGCUGAUCAUAUCGAGAAUAAAGACGAGACAGAAACUGUAGUUCGGCUCCAGAACGCAGAGGAAAAGUUGAAAAUGCAAGAGCUGAAGUUUAAGGAGGCAAUUGAGGCUUUGCAAUCAGCUUGUCGGGAAAAGAGUGAUGAAGUUAUCGCUUAUAGGGCUGAAGCUAGUCAGCAGCGAAAGUAUGCAGAUCAUUGGAGAUUGCUAUAUGAGAAUCAAGUAACAAAAAUUGAUUCAAUUCAAAAGCAGCUGCAGCAACAAAAUCACGAGCAUCCGCUGGCGGAUCAAGUUUCAGAUGCGAGGCCACUGAAUAGAGAGCACCCCUUAGAAGAGACUCCCAGCAGUCCAGAGAGCGCACAAUGUGCACGCGUUGACAGUCGGGAAUUAACAGUUCUAUCAGGUGCUCCGAUGGAACUUGACGAGAUAAGCAUACCAUCAACUUCGGCAAGAGAAGUCCCAAGACUCACCACCCCUAGUGUGGUCUGCGAGCUUUCCGCCUCCUCGCCGCAUGACAUCCUACAGUCCAACGGCCCUGUAUCACAAAAUGACGAAGAGGCCCCAGUCGCCCAGGAAGUGCCAGUCAUCCCAGACGAGGAAAAUAUCAACCCGGCCUCAGCGGUGGUAGAAGGGAUGACAGAUUCCGAGCAAGAGAUCCAUGAAAUCCCAUACGAGCUCCCAGAACUAUUUGCGCUACGCGCCAGCUUCGGCGACAUAUUCUCUGUUUCUGAAAGACAACAACCACACCAACAAAGCGAGAGCGAAGAGGAAGAAGAAGCCCCAUCAUCCCCAGCUCCGUCGCAAUUCUCAAAUCCCCAAUCCUCCUCUUCCGCACCCGAAGAGGAAGUCAACGAAGCGCCUUCCACCAGAACUAGACAAGUGAUCUACCGCUUCGGAAGCCCAAGAAUAGAACCUGCACCCCCUGUGUUUCGCGUCCGUCUCUCGAAUCGCGCUCGGGGCUCCCUAACUACAGAAGCGAUUCUUAGGAUGGAUGGCUGGGAGUGGGAUAGUGUUCCGGAAUUGGAAUUGAGGGAUCCUAGAGAUGGGGGAAAUUGA